CUCCGUUUACGAAUAGUUUAUUAUAUAUAAAUUACUUCCAGACAGAAUGCCAGCCCUCGCAGAACCCCUCCGUGUUUCCCCCCUAAUUAAGACCUGCAGAUGGACUGCCCUAAUUGCUGGUAUCUACUGGGGAGCCCAGAGAUACAAGGCCAACAAGGCUACUGAAGACGAGAUCCGUGCCUACAACGCCAAGAUGGCCCCUGUCUGGGAUGCAGAGAAGGCCGCCAAGGCUGCCGCCGCUAACCGUGAGAACAUGAUCUAUCUUGCUAACGCCACUGGAACCCCCAUUCCCAAGGAUUUUUAGAUGGAUUUGUGAGAAGUUGGUAGUCGAGUCCCUGCUCUAGAAAUAUAUUUACAAUACACUAUCUGUUCAGCUCGUAUUUAAUAAACAUAUGUUUUAAUAGUU